GUUUAUAUAUAUGUAUAUAUAUAUAAGUUGAUAUAUGUAAUGUGUGAAGUUAAAUUAUGUUACAAUCAGCCAGUUGCCAAUCCUCAAACGUAAAACAAUUUAAUUUAAAUAAUUUUCCAGACUUUGUCGUACGAGUGACAUUACUAACGUUAGUUACUUCUGCUCCAUUCACUGGGACUUUAGUCUUUUCUGCCUGUGUGCUUCUACUUCAGCGGUUGCUGGUUUGAACUCGCUAACGUACGUGCUAACGCACUUUAGCUAACGAGCAUACUACGCUAACUAACGUUACUUGAUUGUGCAUCUCGGACCAGCCGAGGAGCAAGCGGGAUAGUAUUCCACUUGCUAGCUAGAUUGUUCAACUGAGAAAAGGGCGGCUAACGAACCUGCGCUAGCUAACGUUACUUGACUGUGCAUCUCGGACCAGCCGAGGAGCACGGGGAUAGUAUUCCACUAGCUAGCUACCUUGUUCAACUGAGAAAAGGGCGGCUAAUGAACCUGCGCUAGCUAACAUAAGUUCACGGUGCAUGCUUGAAACCGCGAUUGUCUUUUCAGUCAAACAAUCUAGUUCGCUAGUUAAGUAAAAAAACGGGCUCCCGUGCUUCUCGGCUGGUCCAGGAGCAGCGCCAGGUGUUUCUGCAUCAAGCUUGUCGUGACUCGCAGUUCUGUGGCAUUUCUAUUAAUUUUUUGCAAGUCAUUCUGUUCAUUCAUUUUUGUGUAAAGCUGGAACUUUCCAUCUAUAAACGUUGUAUAAAACUAAUUGAAAACAUGUAAUUUUAAGGCAGUGUUAGCUGUAGUCAUUGAUCAUGUUUUGGUAAGCUACUAGUAACUAACUUGUUGUUAUAUUAAGUAUAAGCAAUUCCGUUUUUAAAGUUUUAGAUCGUGGUCUAAACUUUGUCAUUUCUUUUCUUUGCCUUUUAGGUUGCUGGUUCCAAAAUGAUCUGGAAGUAACAUACACGGUCCUAUGAGCUGUCAACUGCACACACAAGCCAGUCGAUCCACCUGCACUCUGGUCUGAAUGAUACAGUCCCUCUCUCAGCAUACAGGAUAGACGGCUCACUCCUGCUGACCCCCAAGCGGUUCAUCCAAGUGAGACAGAACUGAGUUCAGCACAAUGGCGGCUGCAUCCCCACAACCAAUGAUUCUUCGUGUUGUUGAGCCAGACCAGGCUAGAAAAUUAAAACUCAGCUCACGACCAGCCUCUGUUGAUGCACUGAUCAACAUUAUAAAAGAAAAGCUGGAAAUCAACCUUGACUUCGAUUUGCUUUACGAAGAUCCAGACUUUGAAGGGAAACUUACUUCCCUUGCCGACAUAGAGGAAUUACCACAAAAGGCUGUUGUGCACAUCUCACUUUCACAAGACUCCAGCUCUGUUGCAUCUACUAUUCAACUUUCAGAUGUGUCAUCUCCUGAGCGUCUCAGCAGGUGGCCUCCAGGUCCUUUUCCUGUUCCCACAUUUUCAUUUGACGUUGAACUGAAACUUCGAGACGGAAAUGCGGAAUAUGAGAAGAACAACACGCAUCUUAAAUUGACAAGAGGCCUAAAGCACGACAUUUUAGAAAAGCUUGCUUCGGCUAUAUAUGGUUUUAAGGCUUACCCGAGUGACAAAGAGAUUGCAAAGGCUGCUGAGGCUCUUGUAGCCAAACAUCCCUGCUUGAAGGAAGCAGGAUCUGAGACUGGAUGGAAUGGCUGGAAGAACAGCAUAAAGUUUAAGAUGGGCAAUUACAGGAACAAGAUGAGACGGGCUGGAUGUCAGGAGGUCACUGUUAAUGCUGGAAAAAGAAGUAGAAGUAAUCCUGAAAAUGAAUCUUCACAUUCCAACAUUAAAAGACCCAAGCGAGCCGAAGUCAACUUCCUACCCAACUUUCCCCAAGGAAAGGAUCCUUCCAUCCUUGAGCAGUUGAGGCAGACAAUUGUUGAAGAAGUCGCGAAGACUGAGAAGAGCCUGCCCCUGAUUAGAAAGAUGAUGGAGACCACAUUUCCCCUACGCCGACAGACUAUAGUGAUGUCCUGCCCACCAGUGAACGAGCUCAUGAACCUCUGGCCUGCUCUCAAAAUAGAGAAUGAGUUGUAUGCAGAGUUCCAGCGGAUUACGAAUCAGAACCUUCCCAACACAUUCUAUGCUGAGCUUGACCGCCAUCUUCCUCGACUGAUGACCUUAUUUAGACAGAAGGCAUCAAAAACUGGGAAGACAGCAGAUGCUCUAGUUAAAAUUUUAAAAAUCCACGAUGAACAGGAAAUCCAUGACAUCCACACCAAGCGCACUACUGUUCUCCACGCCCUUCCUGUGUAUCUGUGCGAGGAUGCUUCUGGAUUUUUCAGAACCUGCACAGACAAGUCUGAUGAGCCAGAGCUUGACGGUGUUGCAGUGGGCCUCCUUACUGUCAUCAGUGACCAUGACACAAGUCCAGUUCACUACAACCCUGUGAGAAUCUCUGUCAUCAUUGAAAGUGAUGCCAUGGUCAGCCUCCCCCGACUUGGCGAUGCCUUCCUGGUAAUCUUUGGACUGAUCUAUGCACUACACCUCAGCUACCCCAAAGCACUGACCAACACUUUUGAAUUCACUGAAAAGAUUCUACUUGGUCUAGAAAGUGGUAAACUGUCACCCAAGUUGCAGACCCUCAAGAAUGACUUGAUGCAGAAACUCAUCUGAAAGAAGGCUGCAGGGAAAGCUUUAUAAAAGGCUAGUUCAAAGUUUAAGGGGAAAUGUUCUAUAGAGUUUUUGUAAUUUCAUCCAAAUUGCUGCCCUGUUGCCUUAUGCAUGCAUUUUGCAUGUAAUCUUGUCGCGCAAAUAAUUUGCGUCACGUUUGGUGUGACCACGGCAUUACUCAGGAAUUAGCCAAAAGCACAGUUUUCUUUUUUAGCUGUAACGAAAAAUAAUUUAAUUUUGGUAUUAUUUAUUUGUUUUGAUUACUUUGAUUACAAUUUAUUUGAGAUCUUUACAUUGAACAGAGCAGUGCAUAUGUCUCUGUUGAUUUUAUAAAUGUUGAUUCAUUUUUCUAUUUCAUUUUAAUACCGCUGUGUGCUAAAAGGGAGUGGGUAAGAAAAUAUGGUUCAAUAGCAAGUGUUCAUGAGUUUGUUGAACUCAAUGUAUUUGAGGCAAUCGAUUGCCUCAAAAAUCUUAAGUUUCGAGUGACAUGUUUUUAAGUAAACACAUGCAACAUUUUUGACUAAUGUGUACUUAAAACAAUGACAACACAAACUAAUAAAAAUUGAGUUUGGUUAACAUGAAA